AAGUGCCAUCGUCUUCCUGCUGCAGCUUUUUGGCGUGGGUCAGGGAAUAGUGAAUCCCUCGAAUGAAACGGCCAACACGGUGAUCUUCAUGCUCCCUGCCAAGGAUAUUGGACCGGAUGUUUGGAAGGCAGGAGUCGAUUGCCUCGAUAGCUUUUCCCAAAUCUUCUUCUAUCGCAAUCCAGUGGAGCGAUUCACCAGGGCCUACAAUCUUAUGCUGACACACGCCUUCAAUCUGUCCAGUCCGGCGGAUCAGAUCCAGGAGGGAUUCAGCAAGCGGAUCAACGAGGCAGCCACUGAUCCCGGGGAGCCUCAUCGGCAGGAACUCUUCCAGAUGCGAGUGGUCAGCGAUCACAAGGAAAAGAAGAAGUCCAAAAACAUGGGGGAACUCAUCCUCACGGAUAACUAUGUGAUAAUUGUGGACUCCGUGGAGCGUCUGCUCAGUCUGAUGGCUUUUUAUAUAAGCAAGAUGCGCUCCUGGAAUCCGGGUGCCCGUUUCCUGAUCCUCUUCCACAACCCUGCGGAAAAACCUAGGAAAGUGGCCACCAAGAUUUUCACCGCACUAAUGCAAAGUUUUUACGUACAUCGAGUGGCAUUGCUGUUUGCCGACUCCACCACGGACUACAAUCUGUUGGUCAACGACUACUACAGCAAUGUGGACUGCAGGAUUCUGAAUGUCCAGAGCUUGGGUCACUGCCACGAUGGCAAGUUGUAUCCCAGUUCCACUGCCGUGCACGCCUCCAUGUUGGACUACGUGGCCGGUUUCAGUCCCAGGAACUGCACCUUCUUCGUCUGCGCCACGAUCUCGGCUCCUUUUGUGGAGGCCGAUUGCAUCACGGGCCUGGAGAUGCGCAUCCUGGGAUUCAUGAAAAAUCGACUGCACUUCUAUGUGAAUCAAACCUGCACUCUGGAGUCACGUGGAGAAGUGGACACCGCUGGCAAUUGGAAUGGCUUGCUGGAAAAAGUUGUGGACAACGAGUGCGACUUCAUAAUCGGUGGCUUUUAUCCGGACAACGAGGUGGCCGAUUACUUCUGGGGAUCCGACACCUAUCUGCAGGAUGCGCACACCUGGUACAUCAAGAUGGCCGAACGACGACCCGCCUGGCAAGCGAUGGUGGGUAUCUUCGAGGUGUACACCUGGAUUGGCUUCAUCUUGAUCCUGAUAAUCAGCUGGUUGUUCUGGUUUGCAUUGGUCACAGUCCUGCCAGAACCGAAGUACUUCCAGCAGUUGAGUUUAACGGCCAUUAAUGCACUGGCUGUAUCGAUUAGCAUAGCCAUUCAAGAGCGUCCGAUUUGCGAGAGCACCAGGUUAUUCUUCAUGGCCCUAACUCUUUAUGGCCUGAAUGUGGUGGCCACCUACACGUCCAAGAUGAUAGCCACCUUUCAAGAUCCCGGGCACCUCCAUCAACUGGAUGAACUGAGGGAGGUGCUCGAGGCGGGGAUUCCCUAUGGCGGACAUGAGGAAAGUCGGGAUUGGUUCGAGAACGACGAUGACAUGUGGAUCUUCAAUGGGUACAACACCACGCCGGAGUUUGCUCCGCAGACGAAGAACCUGGAGGCGGUGAAGUGGGGCAAGCGGUGCAUCCUGAGCAACCGGAUGUACACGAUGCAGAGUGCCCUGGCGGAUGACAUAUACGCCUUUCCCAACAAUGUCUUUAGUAGUCCACUGCAGAUGAUCAUGAAGGCGGGCUUUCCAUUUCUCUUCGAGAUCAACAGCAUCAUCCGUUUGAUGCGGGAUGUGGGCAUCUUCCAGAAGAUCGAUGCGGAUUUUCGGUACAACAACACAUAUCUGAACAGGAUCAAUAAGAUGCGACCGCAUUUCGCGGACACGGCCAUUGUCCUCACCACGGAGCACUUGAAAGGACCCUUCGGCAUCCUGGUGGUGGGCAUCUCUUGCGCCGCCCUCACAUUUCUCGGCGAGCUAAUGAUCCGGAAUUGGCGCUGCCAGCUGGUCACCGCGGAAACCAACCAGCAGGGCAGGAAAAAUGGAAGGAAGAGAAGGAGACGGAGGCAGAGGCAGAGGAGGUGGAUGAAGGACCCAAAAGAUGGCCACUGGCAGCGCCAAGUUCAAGUGGCUCCAGUCGUACGAUUUACGCCAGUCAAACGACGCAAAGUUUUCUAG